AUGUCUACGAGGGAUCCAAUUUGGUUGACACCAUUGGUUAAAAGUCUUCUACAAAGAAACUAUAAAUUAGUAGCCAGAGGAAAGAACGACCAAGCAGAGGAAAUAAGCAAGAGGAUAGCAGAGAUUAUAGCACAGAACAGGAGGAACAUGGACGCAGGUACGUUUGGAUCAGGCAGUUGGUGGAACAAAAUUGACAAAUUAUCGCUGAGAAAAGAUACACUGAGGGUACUACUGGAGAGAAAUUUUGUUGAGGAUCUGAAUGACUAUUUCGCAGAUAUAUGUCAUGACCCUGAGUACGAGGAACCUUUGAAAAUGGACACAAUAGUACUGCAUUUGAAACAACUCAGCUAGACUACGAUCAAGUAUAUAACGCUCUAGGAUCGAUAAAACGAACGAUAACAGGGUCUGACAAAAUUCCUUACUGGAUAUAUGGAAAGAUUUUGCCAACAUUCUAUUCCCAGUUGUAAUGAAAGUUUGGAAUAUGUCGUUGGCCACAUCCAUGUGGCCUAGAUUAUGGAAAAUAGGUAAUAUAAAUCCAAUUCCAAAGGUUGACAUUCCUAAGAUAAAGAAAGAUUUCAGAGGGAUAGUUUCCAUUUGGUCGUUAGUUGUCAGACCCUAGUUUUCAUUUGGUCGUCAGUUGUUGCUAGCACGACAAGUGGCUGAUGUAAUAGAGUGUCAACAAAACUUUAUAAACUGCUAUAAAGAGUGUCAACAAACAAAACUCUGCAAUCAUUAAGACUGAUUUGCAUAUAACACACAAAAAGACUAUUAUUAUAUUAGACUAUUUCACAUCUACCGCUUGUCGUGCCAGCGACAACUAACGGCUAAAUGGAAACCAGGCUUAAUAGCCAGAGCGUUUGAAAGGACAGUGUACGAACAUUUUUUCAAAGAUACAUUUGAGCGUGGACUGAAUAACAACCAGUUCGCUUAUCGAAAAGGAGGCAGCUGUGUCGACGCACUGCUCAAAGUGCAACAUUUUAAUCUGAAAGCAUUGGAUAACAGUCCGAAUAAAACAGUACGAUUGUUUGCGAUGGACUUCAGUAAAGCUUUUGAUAGUGUCAGACAUAACAUACUAGGCGAAAAGCUUAAGGCCACUGGUUUGAAUCCAUACCUAGUAAAUUGGUAUUUGGACUUUUUAAAAGAUAGAAAGCAAAGGAUCGUGCAUAAUGGCAUCAUAUGUGAAUGGAAAAUGGUUAAUAAAGGAACAACACAAGGUAGCGUUAGCGGUCCGCAUCUCUUCAAUUUAUUUGUAAACGACCUUACCAUAGAAGAAGAAAACAAAACUGCAUUAGAUAAAUAUGCAGAUGAUGUCAUGUUACAAGUAGUCGUACUAAAAAACUCCCAGGAUGACUCAUUAACUUACUUAAAUCAGUUUAUGAACUGGACAGAAGAAAAUGACAUGUCAUGUAAUACAUCCAAGUGCAAGGAAUUAGUUUUAAACAAAUCGGGCAGAGCAGAGCAAUAUAUAUACCAUCUAGCAUUAUGA